AUGAAGGUCGUAAUCGUAGCAGCUAUCCUGGCGGUGUGCAGAGGAGCGGCUGGUGGUCUACUGCCGGUGGCAGCCCCCUACGCGUACGGCCGUCCGUUGGGCUACCCCGCACCCCUGGCAGUAGCGAGGCCGGCUUACGCGCCAGCGCUUGCCGCCCCACUUGUCGGCCAUGCCGUAGCAAAGGUGGCCCCAGUCGAGGACUAUGAUCCCAACCCACAAUACUCCUACGCUUAUGACAUUCAGGAUGCCAUCACUGGUGACUCGAAGAACCAGCAAGAAACUCGUUCCGGCGACGUCGUCCAGGGCUCAUACUCUUUAGUGGACCCCGAUGGCACUCGUCGUACCGUUGAGUACACCGCCGACCCUCACAAUGGCUUCAACGCGGUCGUACACAAAGAGCCGCUUGGUGCCCCGGUUGUUAAAGCUGUGGCUGCUCCCGUAGCCCACGCUUUAUACCACUAG